CUAACCGAAGUUCAAGAGGACUGGGCCUUAAAUGAUUGGGACAGUAUUUAUAAAAAAUUAAGUUGGCCAGUCUCUUUAUUUUUGAAUGGACUUUCGAUAUCCCUUCGUCUUGGUUAUUGGUUUGACGGUCCAAAAUAUGAUCCAGUUUUAAACCCUCGAUUGACUUCAUUUGCACUUUGGAGCCGUCCAAAUUCGCCAAAUGCUUACUUGAGAGAGAUUGGAGACACUAAUUUUUGGACCUCUUCGUUUCCUGGAAAUAUUAUCUAUUACUCUCCCGCGCAAGUUUUAAUCCUCCAAUACCUUGAUGCCGAAAAUUAUCAACAAAUCCUUCUGGCUGCAGCUUUUGUUGGAUUUAACGUAAAUACUUACGAAGAAUUAAUUAAAGAUAAACAAUUAAUUGCGGGAGAAAUUAUGAACGAAUAUAAUAAGAAAUUAGUUUAUCCACAUCUAUUUGUCCGCAAAUUUGAAAUAG